AGCCGGUCACCUCUGAGGAGCCGGUUGCGGUUCGGAGUGCGAGUUGCGGUUCGGAGUGCGAGUUACGGUUCGGAGAUGUGGUUCGAGAUUCUGCCUGGCCUCGCCAUAAUGGGCUUGUGCUUGACCAUCCCUGGGGUGUCCACUGCGUACAUCCACAAGUUUUCCAACGGGGGCAAGGAAAAAAGAGUUGGUCGCUUUCGUUACCAGUGGUAUUUGAUGGAAAGAGAUAGACGUGUCUCUGGAGUCAACCGCUACUAUGUGUCCAAGGGCUUGGAGAACAUUGAUUAAGGAAGCAUUUUUCCUGGCUGAUGAAAGAAAUCACUCAGCUAUGAUCAUCUGUUCUUGCUAAAAGGCAAAUGCAGCAUAUUAUAUACUAUGCGCAUGUUAUAUAAUGCUGAAUAAAAAAUUUAAAAAAAUCUAAA